AUGUAUCCUUGGCAUGAGACCUUUCGUUCCUGGGCCGAAGAUACAGGACUUCACAUUGACGCCCUCGGGCUCAUUACCCUCUUCGGCGCCGAGGAGAUGGACCGAAGUAUUGGGAGACUCAUGCCGAGCUCGUACUUUGGCUAUCUACCGUUACUCGGAGCGUUUGUCGUCGCCGGAAAUCGUUUCACGGAGAAGAAGACUGGGUACGUGAUGUACAACAUCUCGGCGGGAAUCAUGACGACGGAGUUAGCAGGAUGGUUCUCGCGGUGGCUGCAGGCGCAGGAUUUCCAUGCGGUCCGCAGUAAGGUAUCGUGGGAAGUUGUGGAGGGGCCAGGUCCGAGACGCUGGAAAGAAUUGUUCAUUGGCAUCCUGCUUGUUGCAUUGCCGGUGCAUGGAAUGUUGCUGACGCUGACCUUGUUGACGGCGGACUGGUGGGGGUUUAGCAAUGUUGUGGCUAUGCUGGUCUCGGUGGUGGUGAGGUGCGCUCUGGUUGCGGAGAAUCAGGCCGGUAUUGAUGCCAAUAUCGAGGUGGCUCAGAAAGAAGUGCAGGAGGCAUUGGACAAAUACAAGAAAGCAAAGGAGCAAUUUGACAAACGUCGGCAGAACGAUACCGGCGAGAACGAAAUGAAGCCACCUGCCGUCCCUAAAGACCACGAGUGGGUUAAAGCAAUUGUGGUAACGCAGGAUUCGAAGGUCAUCACCAUUGACGCACCAGCGUACCUGGUUAGACCGGCUUUUACUGCAAACCCGCACAUCCCAAGCCCUGGUUUCUACCUGACUUGCAGAGUCAUCGGCUGGAUUGCAUUUGCCGUCCAUGUCAUCGCCAUCGGCAUGGCCGCCCUGCAUACCCAGAUCUGCUCUGUCGCCCUGGUAGUUGUUGCCACUGUUCUGACGGGAUACAAGGUCGGCUGCGAGGAUUCUCGGAUUAGCAUAGUCGGUUGGAACGAGUUGCGCCGGGCUCCUGUUGUCGAUAACGAUGAGAGAUGGGAAUGCUGGUUAACACCGAAAUUAAAGGCCACUGUCAGCUCGCACUCGUCCCUCGACAAGCAAGCUACCCUCCAAAGCAACACAAUGCCAACGAGAGGAAGAGGCAAUGCCACAAGAGUACAAGAUGUCAUCGAUACCAACAAGGUACGGUUGUCAUGGUCUCGACUCUGGAGGCCAAGGAGAAAGAAGGCUACAUCGACAGACACCGACUUAGAGCAGCCGAACAUGGUCCCAUUGAAGGAGGCCCGAGCGGCCACCAAACGAAUACGUCGUCAGGACUUGUAUGCUUGGUUAGAUUUGACACCGGAAGAGGACGAACUCAUGGUUGCCUGGGGGUUGAUUCCGCGCAGUCGAGAGUGGCAGGAAGAAUAUCGGCAAAAGAAAGAAGAAUAUCGGCGGUUGCAGACAGGGCCAGCUUCUCAAAUCUCAUAG